GCCGCCGGCGCCCGCUUCGUGCAGAACCAGGGCGCCACAGCCCUACGCUCGCGGCCCCGCCCCGCCGGGUGCAGCUCGACCGACGCACGAAGCCGCGCCCGGGAGGUAAAGGGCCGGAUGCAAGGCAGGGAGCCGGAGCAGCCUGAGGCAGGGGGGCCUCAGGGAGCGCUGGGCCCUCCAGCCGCGCUUAGAAACAUCGCCACAGCAACCAGCGAGCAGACGGUAGCCUGGGCAGACGCAAGUGGACAGCUUCCUACCGUGGCAGAGUACAGGGAAUGACUACGGCAAAUCAGGCCACGCUGCUGACAAGGGAGGUGGAGUGUCACUAGAGGGGAGGGUGUGGUCUCUGCCCCAACUGCACUGAGCGCCAUGCCCACGGGAGAAGAGGUGCUGGGGCAGGGAUUGCUCUGUGACACAGCCUUGCCCCAAAGCCGGUGCUGAGCCCACCCAGGUCAGCUGCCUCUCUCUCAGUCUGCCCGGUCAUACCAGCCCACAUUUCAGCAUCCCUCAUUGUGACCAUUCUUUUUGGCAAAGGGGGAGAGGUACCCAUCCUGUGUUCUGCAUCCGGGGGGUGUGGCCUGCUGCUGCCGGACCAUGGGAUGUCGGCAAAGCUCAGAGGAGAAAGAGGCAGCGCGGCGGUCCCGGAGAAUUGACCGCCACCUGCGCUCAGAGAGCCAGCGGCAGCGCCGUGAAAUCAAACUUCUCCUGCUGGGCACCAGCAACUCGGGCAAGAGCACCAUUGUCAAGCAGAUGAAGAUCAUCCACAGCGGCGGUUUCAACCUCGAUGCCUGCAAGGAGUACAAGCCUCUCAUCAUCUACAACGCCAUUGACUCGCUGACCCGGAUCAUACGCGCCCUGGCUGCCCUUAAGAUCGAUUUCCACAACCCUGACCGUGCCUACGACGCCGUGCAGCUCUUUGCCCUGACUGGCCCCGCAGAGAGCAAGGGUGAGAUUACACCCGAGCUGCUGGGUGUCAUGCGACGGCUCUGGGCUGACCCGGGGGCCCAGGCCUGCUUUGGCCGCUCUAGCGAGUACCACCUGGAGGACAAUGCGGCCUACUACCUGAACGACCUGGAGCGAAUCGCGGCACCCGACUACAUCCCCACAGUGGAGGAUAUCCUGCGCUCCCGGGACAUGACCACGGGCAUUGUGGAGAACAAGUUCACCUUCAAGGAGCUUACCUUCAAGAUGGUGGACGUGGGCGGGCAGAGGUCGGAGCGCAAAAAAUGGAUCCACUGCUUUGAAGGCGUGACAGCCAUCAUCUUCUGUGUGGAGCUCAGUGGCUAUGACCUGAAGCUCUAUGAGGACAACCAGACGAGCCGAAUGGCGGAGAGCCUACGCCUCUUCGACUCCAUCUGCAACAACAACUGGUUCAUCAACACCUCGCUCAUCCUCUUCCUGAACAAGAAGGACCUCCUGGCGGAGAAGAUCCGGCGCAUCCCGCUUAGCGUCUGCUUCCCGGAGUACAAGGGUCAGAACACGUACGAGGAAGCCGCCGUCUACAUCCAGCGUCAGUUCGAGGACCUGAACCGCAACAAGGAGACCAAGGAGAUCUACUCACACUUCACCUGUGCCACCGACACCAGUAACAUCCAGUUCGUUUUUGACGCAGUGACAGAUGUCAUUAUACAGAACAAUCUCAAGUACAUUGGCCUUUGCUGAGGAGCUGGGCACAGCCUGCUUGCCUGUGGUGAAACCCACGGGGUGUGACACCCCACACCUCAUGCUAGAGAGGCCCGACCCAGGGGCAGAAAACAGGGGGAUUGAAGAGUGCGUCCCCACCCCACCCCACCCCCAGCCUCUGCCUCCUUGGCCCCACGUCUGUGCAAACAUAAAUAUAUUUGGAUAGAUUGCUAGGUAGGUAGACACACAGACACGCACGCACGCACGCACGCGUGCACACACACGCAUACACACACGCACGCACAUCUGGAGAGGGCAAAGUUCUCCAGAGAGUCAGGGUUUCCUGAAGUUUUCAAAAGCUGCUGUCACAAAUUUCAUUCCGAGGCCAUCUUGCCCCUCCCCCUUCACUCUGCCUUCCUGAGUUGGCCCCACUCUGCACGGGAGGGAGGGCCCACCUUAGACUGCCGGGGAGAGGCUACAGGGCUGGGGGCCAGGUCCGGCCAGCUGUGCCCAUUGCCUGGGAGAAGGCCAGCUCACCAACUGAGCUCUGGACUGGGAACUACCGCUGACCAGGAGGGAGGCCCGGAGCAGGGACUGUGUACCUUUCCCUGCUAGCUGCACCCGACUCAGCCACUCUGCACCACACUCGUCCUGUACCUAGGACCGGAGGAAAGAUGUGACUGCUCUAACCGGACCUCUGACUACCAGUGGCUUUUACAAAAACAGCUAAAAUGUACGCAGCAAAAAAAAAAAAAAAAAAUUAACACAGGAUAAUGAGUGUCACCGUUUAUUUCAAACUAGGCCAGCUGGGUUUCUAGCUUUUCUUCUACUGGUCUGAUGUUUUAUAAAUGGAAACCUUCUCUGGCAUCCUUUUUUUUUUUUAAUUUUUAUUUUUGGCCAAAUAUUAUGUCUCACGGUGGAAAAAAAAAAACUACAGACAAUUUCGGAUGUGAUUAGAUAUUCUUUUUUAAAAUGCGGAUUUUCAAAACAUUUCAUUUCCGGUGUCCCUUUUGUGUCUGGCUUGCUGAGUAUAGAAGUUGUCACCAGGGCAACUCUGCUCCUCGGCUCCAAAGAAUUCUGGGGCAAAUGUCCCAACGCCAGCCUCAUGGGACAUAUGUACAUAAGCCUCCGCGAUGUUCUCUUGUUAUUGGUGCCGUUUUCUGCUUUGUUUUUUUAUUUAAGAGAAAUAAAUGUGAUGUAUUUAAAGAAGGUCCUUUACCUAGGGGCGAAUGAACAAUAGCUAAAUGUCUUGGUAUUUAAAGUGUAAAUUACCUACGGUUUUUGCCAAAUGAAGGAAGGGGGUGGGAGAGAUGGCACUCCCCGGUCUCCACACACCCCGCGCCUGACACGGGCUGGGAGCUGCCCCUUACUCCUGUGAAGGCACAGCUACAGUUGUGGCCUGAAGGAGGCCCAGCUGGGACUGUGCACUCCGGGCCUUCUAGCCCCAGGGUCCACAGAUGCUGGUCACAAAGGAGCCUUGGCUGUGUAUAAAUUACAAAACCCUGCUACCAAGGGGAUGGGCACCACUGAAGCCCUUGCCAAAUCUCUCUCAACCCUGUAUUUGGGUACCCGUGUUGUCUGAGCUCAGUGUACAGAACCACAGCCAAGGAGCUGAGAUGUACAGAGAGGGAGAAGAGCCGGUGAACCGUAUAAAACUCGAAGAUUGUCUACUUUAAGAAAUAAAAUACCCUGAACGGAGC